UCUAAGAGUCCACUCAAGUCACCCAUCUCAGUCAGACUGGAGAGGUCACUCGAGCUGAGUGAUGAAACGUUUCUCUCGCAAUAAUCGUUGCGUCCAGACGAACGGAUUCACCUUUCCGCGAUUUCCCGCCUUGGGUCAUCGGGCGAAGGCUCGGCAGGAAACGAACCCCGGAAACGCGGCGCGCCAACCGGCCGACUCGACGUAAACACCGGAAAGACGCCGAAGCGGGAAGUCACGUGAUCCGCGGGCAAGCGUCCACUUCUCGCGAGAGUUCGUUUUAAAGCGCAAAGUGUUUCAUCAUGGCAGGCUCCAGGUUGGUCCUGGAGGGAAGGAUAAGUAUAAAAACCUUUAUUCUGGGGUUUAGUGUUGUAACAAUCCCCGUCGUCAGGACGCUGUUCGGGCGUGUGGACUGGGUGUUUGAUUAUCUGACGGAAACUCCGGGGAAAAUAGCUAUGUGUGUGCACGUUGCUGUGGUGAACGGCCUCUUGCUGCUCCUCUACAGGGGACCCCUGUAUAAGGUUGCAGUCAGAGCCUGUUUUCUGGGAGUAACAUUUGGCUGCGGUUUGAUCAUUAGCUUUUCCCAAACAACAUGGACACAUUUUGGCUGGUACAUGUGCUCCUUGUCUUUCUUCCAUUACUCGGAGUACCUGGUGACCGCCAUCAUCAACCCUCGCAGCCUCUCGCUAGACUCUUUCCUGUUAAACCACAGUGUGGAGUACACGCUGGCCGCUGUCUCCUCCUGGAUGGAGUUCACUGUGGAAAAGCUCACAGUUCCAGAGCUGAAGCAACUGAACUGGCUCAGUCUGGCGGGUCUGCUGAUGGUGAUGUGUGGAGAAGGACUCCGCAAGGCGGCCAUGCUGACGGCCGGCUCCAACUUCAACCACAUUGUCCAGAAUGAGAAGGCUCAGAGCCACGUGCUGGUCACCAGCGGCGUCUACUCCUUCUUCAGACACCCUUCAUAUGUGGGCUGGUUUUACUGGAGCAUAGGAACACAGGUGAUGCUGUGUAACCCUGUGUGUACAGUCGGCUAUAUGCUGGCUAGCUGGCGCUUCUUCCGCGAACGGAUUGAAGAGGAGGAGCUGUCCCUCAUCCAUUUCUUUGGGGAGGACUAUGUGGAAUACAAAAAGAAAGUGUCCACGGGGCUGCCCUUCAUUUCUGGCAUCCGUGUCAACUAGAAAUUCAGGAGUGCUGAUAAUAAUCAACUUGGCAGGGAGGCACUGAGACAGGGCGGCCGUGGCCAGCAUGUGGCUCUGGUCAUGGCGGCGGCCCUGAAGGACCCUGGAGCCGACGGAGACCCACUGAGCUGUGGAAGAGCUAUGAUGGCAGCAUGUGGCCGGGCUGCUGUUCUUUAACCACCAUCUUCCAUCUCAACAAACCGACAAUCCAGUUAAAACAAGACACAAUCCAGAAUAUUGCUUAUCAUCUCUCUAUCUGAUCUCCCUCCAUUUCCUUUAUUUCUGUCAGCAUACUCUAAGCGUGCUUGUCAUGUGACAUUUCCUUCUUGUUGUUUCAGUGCUCCUCAUUUGCAGCUUUUUUCUUUUCUUUGUUCUCUGUCUGGUCUGGGAUCCACUUACAUUUUUGUCAAUUCCACAGUUAAUUUGACAUGGUUAUUCCCUCAUUGCUCACAGUACAUUUAUUCUCAGCAGUUCACAUUGAGAGGUCUUAAGUGGCAAAAGAUUUGACAAUUCUGUCUGUUGAAUUUGACAGGAAGUACACGUGGUGAAAUGAAUGUCAAUUAAUCAAAAUCCUGCUUCAAAGCUUAAACUUUGUAGAUGAAUCCAACACAUCAACUUUGCUUCCACUGUCCAUUUUUCCACUCUUCUCCUCUGGCUUCCUGUAUCGUCUGCACUGACCAAAUGAUUCAGCUGACGGGGCGUGUUGGUUCAGACAGUCUCACCCUUACUGUUCUCAUCUGUCUGAAUUGGCUCGCCCUGCUUUCUUUGGCCCCUUAACAUGUUUAUAAGACUUUUCAGGUAUCUGAUAUAGACGGGGUCUGAGGUAGCCUCCAGGUAAAAGUCCUUUUUGAUUAAAGAGUCUUCAUGCAGUUGUAGAAAUGUACACAUGCACGCACACAUGAGAGAGUGUGUGCAUGUUUUUGCAUUCUGGGAGAGGGUAUUUAUGUGAUAAUACUGUUAUGUAUUUGUAGCACAGAUUAUCUAUACAGAGCACUGUAUCGAGCUACAGAAUGGACCUGAUGGGUUGACUGCUGGUUCUCUGUUGGUUUCAUGGAGCACGGCACCCCUGAGCCACCCAGAGGAUCUGGUGCACUUUUUCAACAUAGUGUUUAUUGCAUAUAAAAGAAUUGACCGCUUUGACUGAAAACUGAGUUUUAGUUGAUUACUGUGGUUUUAUUCACAAGAUUUUCUAAAUUGCACACCACUUUUAUGUGAAAUAAAA